ACACCAGGCACGGGCAUUUGCUGCACGAGCAACUCGAAAAAAAAACGACUUCCGAUUGAACUGAGCAGGUGACAACUCCCACUCACCUUCCGUCCGCCUGAUGCAUGUUCUGUAGCCGUGGUUGUGUGGUGUAGAUGUAUGGCUCAUCUAGCUGUGACAUCCACGAUGACUUCCCUCCUCCUCCUCACCGCCAUGUUCUCGGCGCUGUUCAUUGGCCAAAGUCUGGCGGUGACGUCAUACAUCAUUCCACCAAUCAGAAGCUCAGGACCAGAGGCAGCAGUUAUCUUUGUCCCGGGCGCAAGAAUUGACGGCAAGGCUUAUGAGGCGACUGCCCGGGCCAUCCAGGCUGCCUCAAACAUCCGGCUGUGGGUGGCCUUGACCGGAAACUACACUUUGAACAACAUGGCCACGCCCCUUGACCUCCCUGGGGCCAUGAGGGGAGCCUACGCCAAGCUGCAGAAGGCGGGGAUGAAGGGAGACAAGUAUGUGGGUGUUGGACACAGUUUGGGAGGCGUGUUCCUCCCCCCGUAUGCCAAACACUCGCCCCUGAAAGCCGUGGUUCUCCUGGGCGCCUAUCUGACCAAGGGCAACUCUCUGAGUGAGUACCCCUUGCCUGUACUCACGCUCUCCGCCGAGCUGGACGGACAGACGCGCAUCACUAGGAUCGCCGAGACCUAUGAAGAACUGCUCAAAGACAUCUCCACGGCCCCCGCCUCCCUGUACCGUACUCCAGUCCUCAACAUCGCCGGCGCCUGCCACGCCCAGUUCGCCUCGGGCAAGAUGCCAGCCACGGUGGUCAAGUAUGACCUUCACCCCGACAUCUCAGAGGCCGCGGCUCACAGACAGAUAGGUCAACACGUCAGCGACUUCCUCACUGUCAGUCUACAGAUCGGUGACGUCACCAAGGGCAAGGCCGCUCUCCGACAGGCCUUCAACGACGCGGGCACCAGGUUCAAGGUGAAGGACGUUCUAUGACCUCUCGUGUCUUAACAG